GCGGUCACACUAGCACUUCCACGUUUCGUCCUUCCGGCUGGUAUCUGUUGCCUGGCCAUGAAGCAGUCUCAGCCGCAGGCGACGCCCUCCUCCUCAACUGGGGGUGGCAAGCCCCAGGACUCUGGGGUCCUGACGCGCGAAGACUUUAACGGUGGACCGGUGAGCAUCGAUGAGGUGGACACGGGCCUCUUUCUGGGCAACCUGACGGCGGCCACGCAUAUGGAGACGCUGCGUUCCUUCAAGAUCACCCAUAUUCUAACGUUGGACUCUGUGCCCCUGCCGAAGCACAUCCUGGAAGCCAGCUUCCUGACCACCAAGUACAUUCAGAUUGCAGACAUGCCGCGUGAGGACAUCCUGCAACAUCUGGAGGGAUGCGUGGAUUUCAUUAGCACCGCCUUGGCCCAACAGGGCAAUGUCCUGGUUCAUUGCUACUUCGGCGUGAGUCGCAGCUCUUCCACGGUAAUCGCUUACAUGAUGAAGCGCCAUAAUCUGGACUUCCUGCCUGCAUACGAACUUGUCAAGGCCAAGCGCCGUUUUGUCCAACCAAAUGCUGGUUUCGUCAGCCAGCUGAAGCUCUUCCGACGCAUGGGUUGCAAGAUCGACCCAAAUUGCCAGCGCUAUAAGAUUCACCGUCUGCGCCUAGCUGGUGAGCAGAUGCGCAAAGCGAAGAUUCUGCCCCAAAGCUUCCAUAGUGUAGUCCGUCCGGAUCCGGAUAUCACGCGUGAAAACCCAGAGCCAAUAGUGUUCCGAUGUCGACGUUGCCGCCGCGUCCUGGCCUCCAAAUCACACGUACUAGAGCACAAGCCGCGUGACAGGCCGCAACCAGAGGUGGUCCCAAAGGAGAAAGAAGCCACUGGCCAGACCCAGGAUCAGGAACAAGCUGAAAAUUCAAGCGGACCUCGCAUGCUGGAACAGCUGUCCGAGCGCAUCCGUCAGUCGUCAAUCGGAUCGCCCGGUCACGAGGGCACACCAAACUAUUGCCGCAGCAUAUUAUUCGUGGAACCCAUUGCCUGGAUGCACCGUAUCAUGCUGAACACCCAGGGCCGUUUGUACUGUCCUAAGUGCGAGCAGAAACUGGGAAACUUUAGCUGGAUCAACGCUUGCAAGUGUCCGUGCGGGGAGACAAUGACGCCGGCAUUUUAUCUAAUACCUUCCAAGGUAGAGCUAUCCAAGGCCGUGCAGAAUGUGCAGACCACAGUUUAGGUGUAACAUGCACGAACAAGAACGAGAUGGCAUCAGUGACGGGAUUAUGGAAUGCCAGUGCCAGAAAACACAGAUCGGCAAUCGCCCACCUAAACUGAAAUCAAUGGGCACCGUCAACAGGACACUUUGAUUAUUGCUUGUAUUUUUUAGAAAGAGCAUCUUUAAUAGCUUAUGGGCAAUAAAUUAUGUUAAUAUAGUCCAAUCUAAGAACAAUGGCAUUCCUAAUGCCCUAUAUUAACAUAAUUUUGUACUUUAAACCACGCAUUAUUGCCCAGCUAUUAACAAUUUAAUAAUGCUGAAAACUUCCACCAAUCUGAGAUAUUUGAGAAGCACGUACUCACCUAAUUAUACCAUCUUCGGAUAUCAAUCUCGAAUUGGUUAUAAAUCCACAAUUCAACUCGGAGAUAACGUUAAAUAAUAUAACAUUUGUUUUCAAUGGAUUUGGCCAUAAAAUUAUUUAAAUGUGAACUAACAUAUCUCAAAAACUAACUUCGGAUUCAAUUUAGUGAAGAGAAAUGCACUUUUCUUAGAAAUAAGAAAUAAUCUAACAGUAUUUAUUUCUUUCCAACUGGCAAUAUAACAUUGACGACAAUUCGAGUUAAGUGAAAAUCUGUGAAACUAAAACUGACAAAUAGUCGAUAGUUUCAUUAAUAGUUGCAUAACAUACGUUA